UACUCGAACUUGGUACAAUCGGCGGGCAAUAUGGCGCUGCGGAGGUUCAGUUCAUGUUGUCGUUCAUUACUGCGUGACAGCUCUUGUAGUGGAAUAUUGUCUGCUUUGUCACAACCAGGCUGGAUUGGGUCGCGUCUAGGAGCUAAAAGGCAUCUGCUGUCAGAAGAUGCCAUCAGACUACAAGACUUCCAGCGCAGGAAGCUGGCUGUGGCUCACCUCAUCGCAGGAUCAGAUGGAAAUUUCAUUGAGCUGCUCGCUCACAAGUUGCAGAGUAACAGGCUGAUUUUGCAAGAUGAGCUGAAGCUGCUGCUCCACUUGUGCCAGUCCGUGGAGGACAUGAUGAUAGCCCGGGAUGCUAUUUAUAGAUACCAUGCAGAGAACAGUAAUCGGGCACACGGAGAAUUCAGGUUCGGUCCUCUCUUCAUGAGACUGUGCUAUGAGCUGGGCCUGGAGAAGAUGGCUGCUGACGUACUUACAGACAAGGAAAUGAGAGGGUUUUUCAGUGACACCACCUCCUUCAACAUCGCCAUAGACAUGUUGUUCAUGAAGGGCUACCAUGAAGAUGCCCUGGAGGUGUUAAGAUCCAUGAGGAGCCAACGCGUACCGUUCAACAAAGACACACUGAUGCUGGUGUCAGGCGUCUGCUACAAACUGAACACAGCAGAGUCCCACAUGAUCUGCACGUCUCUCAUCGAGGAGGCUCAGGCCAAAGGGCAGUUCAUCCUUCGACAUGCUUACUGCUUUGCUGUGGCCUUAGCGCUCAGACGGAACGACAUUGAAAAGGCACAGUUGUUGUUUUCACAAAUAAUGAGCACCGACGGACGCUUGUGUCAAAACCUAAAGGUUUUGUUACUCGCUAUGUCAGGAGCAACGGAUGAUGCCAUCAUGCUCCUCUCUGCAGCCACAGUCUCUAAAACUCCCUCCUUUGUUAGGAAGCCAGAGUUUUCUCAAGAGGUGCUGGAUUUGGUGCAUUUGCAAACUGAGGACGGAGCACAAAUGGCCAAAGCGGAGCAGGUGGCCUCUCAGCUGGAGCGAGCCGGUCAGGUGACUCGGCACACCCUCGACGACAUGCUGUGCCACACGCCCACCAACAAGGCCAAGCCGGUGCAAGUAAUGGAGCAGAGGCGGCUCAGCAAAAGGACGCUGAAACCGCUCCAAUCCACUCUGCUGUCGGAGUGA